CUAGCCCCGCUCGGACGCGCUUCUCUCCAGAUACUCCCGGAGCUCCAGCCGCGCGGACCGCCCGCCCUGACCGCUCUGCCCCCAAACUUCAGCUGCAGCUACAUUCCAAGCCAUCUAAUUUAUUCCUCAAAACCAGCAACUGAGCCGCGACACUGGGAAGGAGUCCGCGGAGGAGUAAAACAGCAGCAGAGCAAGAAGAGCUCUAGAGAACAGCCUCCCAGGAGCAACAACUCGGCUUCGGGAGUGUAGAAACCAACAAGUGAGAAAAGCGCCGCAUUCCCGGGGCGCAGCCGCGGGCGGCGAGAGCAGACGCAGGAGGAGCCAGCUAGCGCCCCUGAGCCGGGAGCCCCAGUCCCCGAGCCCAAGCCGCGGUCGUUGCGGCUGCUCUGCCCCGGAUCCUUCUGUACCGGCUGCGCCGGGCGCUAGGCAGUAGGCUUCGUUUCGCCCUCGUUGCAAGCGGCGGCUGGGAGCAGCCGGUCCCCGGGGAAUAUGCGGCGCGCUUGGAUCCUGCUCACCUUGGGCUUGGUGGCCUGCGUGUCGGCGGAGUCGAGAGCAGAGCCAACAUCUGAUAAAGACAUGUACCUCGACAACAGCUCUGUUGAAGAAGCUUCAGGAGUGUAUCCUAUUGAUGAUGAUGACUAUGCUUCUGCAUCAGGCUCAGGAGCUGAUGAGGACGUAGAGAGCCCGGAGAUGACCACAUCCCGACCACUUCCAAAGAUAGGGUUCACUAGUGCUGUUCCCAAAGUGGAAACCACGACAUGGGAGAUCCAGAACAAGAUACCUGCUCAGACGAAGUCACCUGAAGAAAUUGAUAAGGAAAAAGUUCACCUGUCUGACUCAGAAAGGAAGAUGGACCCAGCUGAAGACGAUACAAAUGUGUAUACUGAGAAACACUCAGACAAUCUGUUUAAACGAACAGAAGUCCUGGCAGCUGUCAUUGCUGGCGGAGUUAUCGGCUUUCUCUUUGCAAUUUUCCUUAUCCUGCUGUUGGUGUAUCGCAUGAGGAAGAAGGAUGAAGGAAGUUACGACCUUGGAGAACGUAAACCAUCCAGUGCUGCUUAUCAGAAGGCACCUACUAAGGAGUUUUAUGCGUGAAACUCCCACUUAGUGUCUCUAUUUAUGAGAUCACUGAACUUUUAAAAAUAAAGCUUUUGCAUAGAAUAAUGAAGAUCUUUGUUUUUUGUUUUUCUCAUUAAAGAGCCAUUCUGGCACUUUAAUGAUAAAAUCCCAUUGUAUUUAAAACUUUUCAUGUAUUUCUUUAGAACAACAUAAAAUUAAAACUUAACAUCUGCAGUGUUCUGUGAAUAGCAGUGGCAAAAUAUUAUGUUAUGAAAACCCUCUAUGUUCAUGGAAUCGGUUUAAACUUUUAUGCGCAAAUACAAAAUGAUCGUUUUUAUCCUACAGUUCGAAGAUGAAAGCUGUUUAAUUUGUGUCCGCGUGUCUCUGAUAGACCUUACCAAGUGGUCUUACUUUGUUAAUUUAUCUGUUCCCCUCUCCUCUGCACUUUCCCUCUUGUCCCCUUGAAAACAAAACAAAACUCUAUGCCUUUUGUAGCUGUUACGGUGCAAUUUGUCUUUGGAUAAUUCAGAUAAUGGUAAUUUAGUGUAUAUGUGAUUUUCAGAUAUGUAAACUUUAACCUCCACUUUGUAUAAAUUUUUAAGUGUCAGACUAUCCAUUUUACACUUGCUUUGUUUUUCAUUACCUGUAGCUUCAGGCAGAUUUGCAACAGCAAAUUAACGUGUAAAAUUGGAUUAUUACCACAAAACUGUUCAGUCAUAGCUAUCUAAUCAGAUCUUCUUUUGGGAGGAUUUGAUGUGAGUUACUGACGAGCCUCAGCAAACCCAAAGAUGCUAACAGUAUUUUGAGAAGUUGCUGCAGAUUCCUUUGGCCACUGUAUUUGUUAAUUUCUUGCAAUUUGAAGGUACGAGUAGGGGUUUAAGGAAAAAUCAGUUUUUGUUCUUAAAAAUGCAUUUAAGUUGUAAACGUCUUUUUAAGCCUUUGAAGUGCCUAUGAUUCUAUGUAACUCGUUGCAGACUGGUGUUAAUGAGUAUAUAUAACAGUUUAAAAAAAAGUUGGUAUUUUAUAAGCACAGACAAUUCUAAUGGUAACUUUUGUAGUCUUACGAAUAGACAUCAAUUGUAAUUUGGGAACAUAAAAACUACUGAAUAAAUCAUGUGGCCUAAUAUUGAAAAUGUCACUGUUAUAAAUUUUGUACAUUUUCGAUCAAAUGUACAUCUCCCCUUUGCAAAUGACCAUCUGCUCUCAAGGAUGAUGUGGGUUUGAUUUCUGAGUGUUCCAUAGAGUGUCUGUAAAUCAAAACCAAAGAGCUCAUCGAUGAGGCUGUUUAUUACCAGAUUCACUUCUGAAUUGGCCAGAGGAAAUCUGAAUGUGUCCUGUGUGUGUUCGGGUGUAGAUAUUGGAAGACUGCCAGGGAAGGAAUAGUGAAGUUGGCAGCCUUUGUAGGAUAGCUGAUGGCAAUGUUGAGAGGGAUGCCUGCUUUUGCAAAUAAUUUUUAGGAGUUAAAUUCCAAAGAACCGAAGGGGACUCUCCUGAUGUCAGUAUCUAAGGUUUUGUCCUAUAGACUGAAGACUGAUUUACCUUGGAAACUGUGCUCCAAAUCUCUCCUGAAGCUUAACGGAAGAACCAAUAGACGGAAUGCCAUAGUUCACACCAUAGGGAAGGGAAGAAGGGCAGGGAGGCUCUGUGCAUUAAAAGGAGGGCCUCACUGCUGACCACUGAAAUAGCUGCAAAGCAGGGGUUCCUGAGGAGGAGAUGGAAGUAUGAGGGUACCCGGCUGGGUAUUUCCUUCGAACUGAACAUUUCCUUUUCUGUUUUAACCAUAAAUUUUGUUUUAACGUGUGAGCCGCCCAAGUAGGAAGAACACCGCAAAAACAGCAACCCUUUCAAUACAUAAUGUACUUUUAAUAAAGUAUGAAUACUGCUUCAUUUAGAGACCGUUUCCUGGAAUUACCACAUAACUCAUUAAAAAAGUUUUUUUAAACAGCACUCGGAACAGUGUUUACUUAAAUUCUUAAUGGCCUUAAUUCUCAAAUUCCUGUCCCAUCACUUACAGAGUCAAUCCACUUUGGAGUGAUUAAAAGGAAGUUCUAGCACCUUCUAAAGUUGCACAAUAUCCCUCGAUUACAGAGGUUAAGAAUGUAGUGGGUAUACCUCUAACUGUGCAAAAGCAUAGUGAAAUUGAGUUCGUAGAAUAACAACUGCUUGGAAUAUCUGUGCCAAGAAAAGAAAGUUUCUGGCAAAUAUUUUGUCACUGCUGUAAAGCAAAAUAUUUGUUAAAGUGCCAAAAUAAAGUCUGUCAUGCUGAAAGUAAAAAAAAAUCAUUGUAUAGACUGACAUCCAGUUUUCUUCAACUGUAUGUUUUCUGCCUAGUUUUUAUUUUUUAUUUUUAAGAUGCAGCGACUAGUACUACAAGAAGUGUUAGUUACGAUUACCAAGUUCAGGAAAAUUUUGGUAAAAUUAUAAACAUUAAAGCCAAUAUGAAAACUUCCUGUUUCCUUAACCACAUGUAAGUGAUUUCCUUUGUGUGAAUAUGGCUUUUUGUAUGAAAGGCUUGUAAUAUUGAAAUUGCCCCAUUUUUGGUGGAUGGGGAAAGUGGGAUGAGCUGAUGUUGUGUGUUUUUGUUUUGCAUUGUUUUUUUAAGUUACAGCUGCAGGUACAUAGUACCUGAACUUCAGAAUUAGGACCUGGUUAAUAAAAUUGUCAUCUAUUCA